AUGACCACGGAGACGCAGAAACCGCCAGCAUUUUCCCCUCCGUCUUUCCUUGACUAUCCCCAGAGUCGUCGCCUGCCGCCCCUCAACAUCCCGGCCGCUGUGCCACCAUCGCGGCCCGAUUUCCCUUUCCAUUCGCCUGUGAACCACCUUCCUUCCAUACAGCCUGGGCCUCCACGGCAUGAUCUUCCCCAUCAUCCGGCUUCCCUCCCAAGGCACCCCGCACCAGUCGACAAGCUCUUGCAGCCCUCUUCAUACACGCCACCGAGACCGGACCCUACCUAUUCACCGCAGCAGUAUGGCAUGUCAAUAUCUCCUCGCACAGCCUAUGAUAGCAGAGGGCCGAGAAGCCUGACCGACCAACGCCAUCCUUCCUUGGGACAGUUAGCGUAUCCAGAGGCCCCGACUUCUGGUCCUCCGCCUCGGCAAGAACCUCGAGCUGCCCCUCUCCCUGGGUCCAUACCGCAGCCUGUGUACAAUGACCAGCUGAAUCUCAACUACGAGCUCGUGGUUCGACAACAGCCCAUUGCGGCGCGUGCGUGCGGGUUUGGCGAAAGAGACCGCCGUGUAAUUGACCCUCCACCAAUCAUCCAGCUGAAAGUGACGAAUGCCAAAAAUGAACCGGAGGAGGAAGAGCUGCGCUACUCGUUAAAUGUGGUGCACUGCACCUUAUGGAAUGCUGAAGGGACGAGCGAAGAGACGGCACUUAUCCAGCCCGACCGCCGAACAACGCGACGACUGAUGGGCCAGCUCGUAGCAUCGCCCUCGGUAGCUAAAGACGAGCACGACAACGAAGGCUGUUUCUUCUGCUUCCCGGAUCUAUCGUGCCGAACUCAUGGCCGGUACCGACUGCGGUUCGUGUUAAUGCGCAUCGACCCAAUGAAUCUCCAUGUGGGCGGAUUUUCCCCCAUUCUCACCGAGGUGCUCAGCGAUGUAUUUACCGUUUACACGGCAAAAGACUUUCCCGGCAUGCGACCCAGCAGCGCGCUUACCCGCGCGUUGAAGCUGCAAGGAUGCAAUAUCCAGGUGAAGAAGGGCAACGAAAAAGCAUUGGCGCGAAAACGUCUCACGCAGGGUCAGGAACAGGAUCACGACGAUGACGAUGAUCUCGGAAAACGGCGGCGUAUGGAUUAAUUGCGGUUUCGAUUUGACACGCGUGUGGACUUCAGGCAGCGUCGGGCUUCGGCUUCGAUACUUUUAGGACAUUGAUUUCGACUAGAGCGAUGGGCGGCAUCAUGAUAUUUUGGACAUGUGAAGCAUAUCUCCGCUAUCGAUUAGCAUUCUGACGACGAGACGAACAGUAUUACUUGGGGAUUGACAGUGUCUGGGUUGGACCUCGACAGAGGUCCUGAGCGGAGGCUCAGCUGUAAUGCAUUACCAUAGCAUCCAAGCACGAUACCAAUAGUUGGUGUACACGCGCGGGAGAGUGCCU